CUCUCUCUCUCUCUCCCCUGCCCUGCCCUCUCCCUUCUCGCCCCCAACACAUACACACACACAUGCACGCGCACCGCGCGCGGCAGUCCAUCCGCCUGCUGCCAUCCAGCGGCGGGGCCAUCGCGGCGGCGGCUGUCGCCGCAGCUGGAGCCAGCCUGACCUCGGGCCCCGCGUCGCCGGUGUCCGCGGCGCCCGGCCACGAGGCGCCCUUGCCGCUGGCCUCGCGCCAUCCCACCGGGCCGGCGCCUCCGCGAGUCGCGCUGACCCCGGUGCCGGCACCGGCGCCCGGCCGGCCCCCGGCCAGGGGGGAGUCGUGCGCCAUGCCGCCGGCAGAUGCCCGGCCAUGGGCCAGCCUCCUGGGCGGGCCGGUGCUGCCCCGGCGCGCGACGGCCGUGGCCAGCCUGCGACUGUUGCUGCUGGGAGCCGGGCUCCUGGGCCAGGCCCCGGGGCCCGGCGUGGCGGCGGCCCUGCCAGGCCUGUCUCUCCCCCACCUCACGCCAUGCGAGCCCCCUGCCCCGGCGGCGCCUGACAUCCACUCGCCCCCCCUGUCGCCCUGCGCACGCGCGUCGCCGCGGCCGGCAGCCCUGCUCAGGGCUCGGCACCGGAAUGUUUCUUUUGUCAGCAGCCGCGGCACCAGCCUGGCCGGCUCCGGUUCCAUGUCGCUCUUUCUGUUGUCCUCGCCGGAGUGCAGUUCAGCCGGCGAGGAGUCCGAGCCGGAUGAUGCCGAGCCCACGGCUGACACCACGUCGGUCUCCUCCUUCAAGAUUCACACCUCCCUCGAGGCGGACGACCGCCCUGUGCCCGGCGAGCCGCGUGAUGCCCCGGCACAGGCCAUGGCGCCGGGCCGUGCGCCGGGCUUCGUGAUGGCGCUCUCCCCGCGCAGCGAGAGCUCGUCCCCUGUGGAAGCCCUGCCGCCGGCGCCGGGGCCCAAGCCGGAGCCGGCCGCCAUCCCGGCGGGACCCUCGUCCGACUUGCCGGUAUUCGAAAUCGCCCCGGCCGAAGCGGCGGCCGAGGCCUCCGGACCGGCAACCCCAGCGCUGUUUGUUUCUAAGGAGACGCAUCCCCGGGCGGGCCUGCCGCGGCCGCCGUCGCUGAGCGGCUCCACGUCGGGCAAUCUGGUUGCCUCGCGGGGCCGGCGCCAAUGGGGCGGCAUCGCCCGCAUGUCGCUCGCCCAUCUGCUGGUCUCCAUAGUGGUGGCCUUCCUGGUGGGGGUCGCCCUGGCGGCCUUCAACAGCCGGGGCCUCGGCGCGCUGGUCGGAUCGCCGGCCUAGUGUGCCGAGGCGUGGCCGAUGGGCCGGCACCCUGCUCUCCCCCGCUGUUGCCGCUGCUGCUGCUGCUGCUGC